AUGGACCAAUUUUUUCAACGAAUUGUUUUAGCUCGUUUAACAUCUCAUAUUUCAAUGAAUGGAAAAUUAUCCAUUCUUAAGGAAUUGAGACACUCAAUCGCUGAGAAGGAAGCGAAGUAUACACGACUGAGUGAGCUUCAGAAUCAUAUAGAUUCUGAAGUGCAGGAGUUGACCGAGAAACUUUUCCAGGAAGCCUACCGAAUGGUCAAUGAUGCUGAAAGUCGUCGAGCCAAGGCUGAGAAACUACUUCUGAAAGUCGAUUACUUCAAAUAUAUGGGAUUUAUUUCUUCCUCUUUUUUUAAAAUGUGGAUGGGAUUAUGGGUUUGUAAUCGUUCUAUAAAUUCUCAGCUAACAGAACAAGUUCUGAAUGCGAUCAAAGCAAAUACUUUAGAACUAGAAGCCAAUUUCUUCGAAUCAUUCUUUGGAAUUUUAUCAUUUCUUUUCCAGAUAGCUGUAGUCUGUGAUUUCUUUAUCUACAUUCGUUAUGUAAACCAAGGAAUUGUUAAGUGUGGCGUGCACGAUUCGUACUGGCACAUUAUAACAUUACGCAAAAAACAUGACACUGGCAAGGCUUGGUCUAAGUUUCAUUCCCAAAAUUGGAGGUUCACAAGCCGGGGCUUUAUAAGUAUGAAACAGAAUGAUUGA